ACAAACAGAUGCUUUUAUAUCUACAAGCUUUUAAACUGCAUCAUUUUACCUACAGUAUAUGUAGAGUAAUUUGGUACAUUAAGAAAAGGUUAGGAACUCUUGGUUGGCGUGAGAAUAUUGUACGGGUAGUGAUGGAUAGUUUGUCACUGUGACAACGCUUUUGACUACUGGGGGAAAGGAACGAUGGUAACCGUGUCUUCAGGAGGUCAAACUAAGCCAUCCUCGAUCUUUGCCGUGUCCUCAUGUGGCGCUUCCUCAGAUGGUUUCCAAACUCUCGGCUGCGUCACCAGCGGUUUCUCUCCCGCAGAGUCUCUCACGUUUUCCUGGACAGGUGACGUGACGGGAAAGGUGGAUUAUCCAGCUAUGAAGUCCAGCGACGCAUACACGGCUGUGAGCCAAGUGCAGGUCAAGAACUCAGACUGGGAGGCGAAGAAGUCGUUCACAUGCAAGGCAACAAAUCAAGCAGGAUCUCUGGAGUCAAAGCCUAUACAAUUCCUGCGAGAGCCUGCAGUGGAUCCCAACAUCACUCUGCUGGCUAAAGUGGAUGAUAACACAAUUCAGCUACUUUGUUUGGUGGAUGGUUUUGUUCCUAAGAAACAUCAAGAAGUGAAGUGGUUAAAGAACAAAAGUCCAUUCAGUGGGAGUCCAGUGACAAGGACUCUAGAAGCUAAAGGGAAAAGAAUUUUCACUCAAAUAAGUGAAAUACACAUCGAUGCACAGCAGUUAAAUGAUUACUCGGAAUACACCUGUGAGGCAAGCCAAAACAUCAGCUCAACAUGGAGCAGUUGCAAAGCACGUCCAGUGCUCAGGCCACUGAUAAAUGUGAAGAAACCUCGUUUGGCGGCAGCAAAGGAUGGAUUAGAACAAAUAACAGCUACUUGUUCUGUUGAAGCUGAACCCAACACCAAAGUUUCAUGGGCUUCUACUGAAAACAGAGAGAUGGAAAGUGACACAAAAAUGACAAGUGACAAUAGUGGCAGCAAAACCCAGCUCAUUACCAGCACUCUGACUCUAAAUGCUUUAGAUUGGGAAAAAAAUCUUAAAGUCAAGUGUCGAGUUAUACAGCCAUGUAACAAUAUACAUGAGGAGACUGUUAUUAUACUAGAUGUUCCGGUAAAAACUCCUACAGUGGAGAUUAGAAGACCUCUAGAGGGAGAUAAUGCUGUUCUGGAAUGCUCUGCUAGAGAUCUUCCCUCUGGUGAAGUUUCUGUCACCUUCCUGACAAACACCGGACAUCAAUUCCCUGAAGUUACAUAUGUGGAUCUGCCCCGAGGCCAAAGCACUUUGAUCACACGCUUCACUAUUCCUACAUCACACCAGAAGAAAGAACACAGCUUCAAAUGUAAAGUUCAGCAAAGCCCUUCCAGAGACUGGCAAUCAGGUUUUACUGGAAACAUUUUUGGUGAACCUUCUGUGGAGCUCUUGAUGGUUCCCAACACAGGAAAAACAGACCAGACACUUGUGUGUUAUGGAACUGGUUUAAACCCUACGAUCACAUGGAAACCCACGUCUGUGGGGACUGCUAAAACUGUAAUGCAAGCAGCAGAUGGACGUGUGAAAGUGUCCAGUCAGAUUAUUGUUCGACAACUAAAGUGGAAUGAAGGGGAGGAAUAUACCUGCCAGGUCACUGAUCUACGCAAGUCAGUACAGAAGAGCAUCAGUGUUUGUACAGCUUCUGAACCAAUCACACCACUGAUCAAUCUAAGGAAACCUCGUCUCGCAGCAGCAAAGCGGGGAUCAGAACAGAUAACAGCUACUUGUUCUGUUGAAGCUGCACCAAACACCAAAGUUUCAUGGGUUUUAAAUGGAAAUGUAAAGGAAGGUAGCACCAGCCAACCAGUUGAUAAACCCGGCAGCAAAACCCAGGUUUUUACCGGCACUCUGACUCUGAAAGCAUCAGAAUGGGAAAAACAUCAGAAUGUACAGUGUCGAGUUAAACAGCCAUGUAGCAGCGAACAUCAGGAGACUGUUAAUAUUCUAGAGUCUACGGUAAAAACUCCUACAGUGGAGAUUAGGAGACCUCUAGAGGGAGAUAAUGCUGUUCUGGAAUGCUCUGCUAGAGAUCUUCCCUCUGGUGAAGUUUCUGUCACCUUCCUGACAAACACCGGACAUCAAUUCCCUGAAGUUACAUAUGUGGAUCUGCCCCGAGGCCAAAGCACUUUGAUCACACACUUCACUAUUCCUGCAUCACACCAGAAGAAAGAACACAGCUUCAAAUGUAAAGUUCAGCAAAGCCCUUCCAAACACUGGCAAUCAAGUUUUACUGGAAACAUUUUUGGUGAACCUUCUGUGGAGCUCUUGAUGGUUCCCAACACAGGAAAAACAGAUCAGACACUUGUGUGUUAUGGAACUGGUUUAAACCCUACGAUCACAUGGAAACCCACGUCUGUGGAGACUGCUAAAACUGUAAUGCAAGCAGCAGAUGGACGUGUGAAAGUGUCCAGUCAGAUUAUUGUCCGACAACUAAAGUGGAAUGAAGGGGAGGAAUAUACCUGCCAGGUCACUGAUCAACGCAAGUCAGUAGAGAAGAGCAUCAGUGUUUGUACAGCUUCUGAACCGAUCACACCACUGAUCAAUCUAAGGAAACCUCGUCUCGCAGCAGCAAAGCAGGGAUCAGAACAGAUAACAGCUACUUGUUCUGUUGAAGCUGCACCAAACACCAAAGUAGCAUGGGUUUUAAAUGGAAAUGUAAAGGAAGGUAACACAAAGCCACCAGUUGAUAAACCCGGCAGCAAAACCCAGAUUAUUACCAGCACUCUGACUCUGAAAGCAUCAGAAUGGGAAAAACAUCAGAAUGUACAGUGUCGAGUUAAACAGCCAUGUAGCAGCGAACAGCAGGAGACUGUUAAUAUUCUAGAGCCUGUGGUAAAAACUCCAACAGUAGAGAUUAUUAGGCCUCUUGCUGAUGUACUAAAGGGAGACUACGCUGUUCUGGAAUGCUCUGCUAGAGAUCUUCCCUCUGGUGAAGUUUCUGUCACCAUCCUGACAAACACCGGACAUCAAUUCCCUGAAGUUACAUAUGUGGAUCUGCCCCGAGGCCAAAGCACUUUGAUCACACGCUUCACUAUUCCUACAACACACCGGAAGAAAGAACACAGCUUCACAUGUAAAGUUCAGCAAAGCCCUUCCAAACUGUGGCAAUCAACUUCCACUGGAUACAUUUUUGAGCCUGCAGUGGAUCCCAACAUCACUCUGCUGGCUAAAGUGGAUGAUAACACAGUUAAGUUACUUUGUUUGCUGGAUGGUUUUGUUCCUAAGAAACAUCAAGAAGUGAAGUGGUUAAAGAACAAAAGUCCAUUCAGUGGGAGUCCAGUGACAAGAACUCUAGAAGCUGCAGGGAAAAGAAUUUUCACUCAAAUAAGUGAAAUACACAUCGAUGCACAGCAGUUAAAUGACUACUCGGAAUACACCUGUCAGGCAAGCCAAGACAUCAGCUCAACAUGGAGCAGCUGCAAAGCACGUCCAUUGCUCAGGCCACUGAUAAAUGUGAAGAAACCUCGUCUGGCAGCAGCAAAGCAGGGAUCAGAACAAAUAUCAGCUACUUGUUCUGUUGAAGUUGAACCCAACACCAAAGUUUCAUGGGUUUCAACUGAUAACAGAGAGAUGACAAGUGACAUAAAAAUGACAAGUGACAAUCGUGGCAGCAAAACCCAGCUCACUACCAGCACUCUGACUCUAAAAGCAUCAGAUUGGGAAAAAAAUCUGAAAGUCAAGUGUCGAGUUUUACAGCCAUGUAACAACAUACAUGAGGAGACUGUUAUUAUUCUAGAGCCUGUGGUAAAAAUUCCUACAGUAGAGAUUAGGAGACCUCUAGAGGGAGACAGUGCUGUUCUGGAAUGCUCUGCUAGAGAUCUUCCCUCUGGUGAAGUUUCUGUCACCUUCCUGACAAACACCGGACAUCAAUUCCCUGAAGUUACAUAUGUGGAUCUGCCCCGAGGCCAAAGCACUUUGAUCACACGCUUCACUAUUCCUACAACACACCGGAGGAAAGAAUACAGCUUCAAAUGUAAAGUUCAGCAAAGCCCUUCCAGAGUCUGGCAAUCAACUUCCACUGGAAAUAUUUUUGGUGAGUCUUCUGUAGAGCUCUCAGUGGUUCCCAGGAACCCUGACUCAGAAGCACAGACUCUUCAGUGUUAUGGAACUGGAUUUAACCCUAAGAUCACGUGGCUCGCUGGUUCUACAGAAAAGAAUGCUGUUGCUCAAGAAACCACCAUGCAAGCAGAUGGACGUGUGAAAGUGUCAAGUUAUGUAACAGUGCCACUGGAUGAGUGGAGGGAAGGGGUAGUAUAUACCUGCAAGAUCAACGAUUUUUCCACAGUCUGGAAGAGCAUCAGUGAUUGUAAAGUUGGUGAACAUUUGGCUCAGCCGCCACAGCAAUAUCUGUGGGGUCCUUCCUUCACUGUUAUGAAGUCGGAUGGUCGUGCACCUGUGACCUGUCUGGUAAUUGCCCACAAGGUCAAGGACUUCACAAUCACUUGGAGAGUGGAAAAUCGUGUCACCUCUCAGGAUGUUAUUCAGGAAUUUCCUAGAAACCACAACAAUGGAAGCCAGAGUGUCCAGAGCGUUCUAAUGUUAUCAGAGCAAUUAUGGGAUAAAUAUGAUGUCUCCUGUGAGGUUAAACACCGGUGCAUGAAGAAAGCACAGUAUGUGAACAUCUCCAAGAUCAGAGAUCCCAAACGUCCCACUGUCCAAGUCUUUAAACCCAGUGACAGUGACUUUUCAGAUUCUCAUGACUCGACUCUUCUAUGUCUGAUCACUGGGUUCUAUCCUGCUGAUAUCUCUGUCCACUGGGGGCUGAAUGGGAGGAAGCUGCCUGCGUCUCGCUGGAACAAUAGUCCACUGGGAAGUCAUUCUUCUGGUCGAGAAUUCUCCAUGCACAGUGCACUGACUUUACCAGAAUCAGAACGUGAGCAUGGCACGUUUUCCUGCAUAGUCGAGCAUCAGUCAUCCCCAAACCCGAUCAUCAGCACAGUGGAUAGCAUACAUGCCUCAGUUAUUAACUCUGUCCCAGCAGUGGAGUUAAUGCAGGCCCGCGAUGAGCUUGUCUGUUUGGUGUAUGACUACAGCCCAUCUGUCAUUAACAUUACCUGGCUGCUGGAUGGUGUGAAAGUACCGCACAAACACACCACCAGACCUGCCAAAGGGCCUGACGGGAAAUUCAGUGUUAAAAGUCAGCUGCAUGUCCUGGCUUCCGAAUGGGCACCUGGAUCUAAAUACACCUGUCUGGUUCAACACGUCACUGGCUCUUCUACUCAAAACAUUUCCAAAGAAGAAAUUAUUGAGCAGAAUAUAUACUAUAAUGAGAACCUGUCUGAUGCCAUCAUAGAGGACACGGCUGAGGAGACGUGGAACAUGGCGUGUGCCUUCAUCGUACUCUUCCUCCUCUCUCUGAUUUACGGAUGCUCAGUGACGCUGGUUAAAGUGAACACUGCGCGUCCAGCACGUCCGUUUCACUCACGGGAUUUUAAAUAAUUAAAGAAACAAAGCCUCACUUAUUAUUAUUAUUAUUAUUACUUUUAUUAUUACUUACUGUUGCAUGCAUUAGUUCAGGAGUGGAAAACAAAAAUAUGAUAAAAUAUUAAAUAAUUAAAUAAAACAUGACCUUGCUGCAUGAUGCUGUGUGCAAAUCAAACAACAUUGCUUAGCUUAUGUUUCUUUCCUAGCCUGUGUUAAAUCACUCCACUUUUGCUUAGUAUCAAUAAAAUUG